AUGAGAUUUGGCGCAUUGCAAGUACUUGUUCUGUUUGGGUGGAUGACAUGCUCCACAUUUAGGGUGGAAAGUCUUGGAGUGUUUGAUUUGGCAGAGAACGAAAGACCUGUGUUAUUUCCAAUAAUCUUCUAUGGAAGCAAUGCGAUUGUGCUGCCAAAUACAAGAUUCAAAGAUUUGGAGAAGGGGACGAGUGAGGAAGUGCAUGCGAAAAGGUUUAUAAGUUGUAUUCCGCGUAUGGUGCUAUCGUUUAUGUUUUAUGAUGUAUACUGUAAGGAUGAUAGCCGGCUUGAGAGGAUAUUUGUAAGAGAGAUGGGAAGGUACAUGGAAAGGAUAUCUGAAGAGGCAUUGAGUGUGUAUGCAAAGGGGAGAAAGACGUUUGGGGAGUUGCUGUUGAUGGUGUACGAUAGAUUGUUUGAAUGCGAUGUUCGGGAUAGAAACAGGAGGAUGACGAUACUUGGAAGGCGCCUUAUUGAGGAAGCUGAUAAGAUGAUGGAUGAUAUAGGUGAUGAUAUAGAUGUUGAGGAAAGGGAGGAGAGAGAGGAUUUUUGUAGUGUGAUCAAGGAACGUGGAGAGAAAUGCUGCAAUGUAGAGAGAUGGAGGCGGAUAGUUCGUGCAGAGAGUGUGGUGUGUGAUGCAUCUGCGAGCCUUUAUAGUAAGCUUCCUGAGGAGGAGCUUUUGGGGCUGCUGGCUGAAGGAUGUACCAAAAAGAUUCUUAAAAAGAAAGGACUUAGUGAGGAGGAACUCAGUGAAAAAGGAUAUUUAGAACACAAUAUUAUUGACACUGGAUUAUUUCUAGAUACGUAUGAUAAGCACGGGAGUGAAGUUGUGAAAGAGAUAGUUAGGCAGAUGAUGCUGGGGAAGGAUGGAAGGGAGAUAGAUGCUAAGUAUGUUGAGAAGGUUGUUCGGGUUGUUGAUGAGAGGAGGAGAAGAAGGGAGAUUGAGGCUAGUAGGCAUGCGGCUGAGUUGCUAGGGGAGGAGUUGUCAGGUAAGAAGAGUAAAGGAAAGGCAACGGGGAAGAAGAGUAAGAGGAAGAGCGAUGGGAAAACGGAUAAGAAGGGUCCAGCUGUCUCAAGGGAAGAAGAGAGGGUGGAUAAGGAGUCUAAGGCUUCUGAUGAAGAGUUGGCAGGUGCAGUAGGUGGAGUAUCUAUUGAGGAUCACAGACCCAAGAGGAGUGAUA